AUGAGGUGUUCAGUGUUAAUGAAGCUGGUCUCAUGUCAACUAAUGACCCAGAGUCAACGGAGAAAGUAAAGCCAUCGUUUAUUACCUCUCAGUGAAGUCUUAAACGGUGUAAACUACUUCUUUACACCAGGACACAGUGCGCAGCAACGCCCCGGGGCUGAAAUUAAGCGCUCACUAUGUCUGAUGGGGACUAUGAUUACCUCAUCAAAUUCCUAGCGCUAGGUGACUCUGGUGUGGGAAAGACGAGCUUCCUCUACCAAUACACAGAUGGCAAGUUUCACUCCAAGUUCAUUACUACAGUUGGAAUAGACUUCAGAGAAAAAAGAGUGACAUACAAAUCAACGAAUCCAGAUGGAUCUUCUGGUAGAGGACAGAAGAUCCACAUGCAGCUGUGGGACACUGCAGGACAGGAGAGGUUUCGGAGUUUGACGACCGCGUUCUUUAGAGAUGCAAUGGGUUUCCUCCUCCUGUUUGACCUCACAAAUGAACAAAGUUUCCUCAACGUCAGAAACUGGAUGAGUCAGUUACAGGUUCACGCAUACUGCGAAAGUCCAGACGUUGUUUUGUGCGGUAACAAAUGUGACCUAUCAGAUCAGAGAGCAGUCAGUGAAGAAGAGGCCCGUGAGCUGGCAGAGAAGUACGGAAUCCCAUACUUUGAGACAAGUGCUGCAAACGGGCAGAACGUCAACAAGGCUGUGGACGUCCUGCUGGAUCUUAUCAUGAAGAGGAUGGAACGAUGUGUUGACAAGUCCUGGAUCCCUGAUGGGACCGUCAGAGUUAAUGGACCCACCAACCCAGACAUCUCAGAGGGCUCUGUUGGGGGCAAAUGUGCAUGUUAGAAUGAAUGAUGAUGGUUUCACAUCUAUGCCCGUAAUACUGAAACAAAAUAGGAAGGCAUCCAAGGUUAACCGUGGAGUAUAUAUAUAUAUAUUUACUGAUAAACUUUCAUUGACAUGCUGUAUUAUUUGUCCGUGAAGAGAUAAGUGCCUUUUGAAUGUAGGUAUUUUAUUUGAA